AUGGGAAAGACCGGAGUAUAUGAGAGAUUAAAUUGUCUACACGGUGGCUCUGGGAUGUAUGAAUUAUUACAUCCCGAUGCUUUGAAACCAGGACACACAAUACUCUAUAAAAGGGAACCCAACUUAUGUAACCCCAGCAGGGAAGGAGUAAGAGAAAAGCCCCUGGAGAGGGAUAAGUUCUUACAAUUAAAUCAAAUACCUAUGGAGGUAGAGAAGUUGGUAUGGGAAUAUAAGGAUGUAUUCUAUAAGUAUGAGCAUGACGUGGGUAGAUAUAAUGGUAGUAUCAAGCACGAAAUCAGACUUAAAGAAAAAGUACAACCGGUAAGGUACUGGUUAAGAAAAUAUAGACUAGACCAAGAAAAAGCAAUAAUGGAGAUUUUUGAUGAAUUGGAGAAGAAUGGACAGAUUGUGCAAAGCAGAUCGGCAUGGUCUUUUCCAGUAAUAAUGGUCAAGAAGAAGGAUGGAACGUUAAGGAAAGUAGUUGAUUAUCGAAGGCUGAAUGAACUAACGGAAGUAGAAACGAAUAUACUUCCACUAAUAGAAGACGUAUUAGAGAAAGUGGCAGGGAACAAAUACUAUACGACUAUAGAUUUGGCAGCAGGAUUUUUCCAAAUUCGAUUGGAUAAGAAGAGUCAAGCACUGACAGCGUUUAUAUCGCCAAAAGAGCUUUAUGAAUACACAGUAGCACCGAUGGAGUUGUCUAUGAAGAAAUUCCACUAUUAUAUGUACGGUAAGGUUACCGAUAUUUAUACUGACCAGAGAGCAGUAUUGGCAAUCAAAGGAGCAAAGGAGAAUCAAACCAAACUCCGGAGAUAUCAAUUGGCAUUGGCAGCAUAUAAUUUGAGAAUUUUCUAUAAAGUAGGAAAAGCAAAUGUGCUAGUUGAUUUGUUGUCAAGAAAUGUAGUCUUGGCAGUUUAA